CGUGUAGUUGGUAGGACCGGUCUUAAAUGUCUGACACGUGUUUGUGCAUGUGCUCGAGUGGAGCAGAAUCAAACGUGUUUUCUUCUAAAAUUUGUUUUAAAAUACAUCAAUGUUUUUUCGGUCAAAUGCAGUUCGAGAAUUGUGAAUUAUAUCUAUGAGAAGACUAUCCACUUGAAUUUGUGCCGUGCAACAAAGAUUUAUAGCCAUGAGUCGCGAGGGAAAGUUCGAUGUUGUCGUGGGUGCAACAUCUGGAGUUAUCAAAGGAGUGAAAAUCGGACGGACAAAUAAAGAGAACAGAGUAAAAAAUUGGCAGCCUAUAGAUUCUGUCACAGAAAGUGAUUGGGUGACUAGAAUGGCAUGGGGCGACGAUGAUGAACAGGAGAUUUUGGUCACGUGCGGCGUGAAGGAAGAUAGAAAAGUAAAAAUCUAUGACGCGGAAUGUGCAUUACUCAUAAAAUCGUUUCCUUGUAACAUAGGCACAGGCAGUAUCAGCGGAGUAUCACGAUACAAUAGAUCCGUUUUGACGGCGGUCAGAUCCGGGGAAAUAUGCCUAUGGUCAUCAUCUGGAAAAGGAGAGAUUGUUCUAAACGCUGGAGCAAACUUGGACAGAAUGUGCCAUUCUCGUGAGCAAAAGAAUAUUAUAGCAACCGGGGGAGUGGAGAACAAGUUGAAAUUGUACGAUCUAGAGACACAAAAAAGGAUAUUCCUCGAAAAGUCUCUUCCACAUGACUGGUUGCAAUUAAGAAUACCAGUUUGGAUAUCAGACAUGAAUUUCUUGCCAGGAUCUCAACAAAUAGUUUCAGUCACUAAAUAUGGAAAUAUAUACCUGCAUGAUCCACGUUGCCAAAGACGUCCUGUAGUAAAAAUGACAAUAAAAGAUGAAUCUUGGACCAGCUUGGCUAUCCCGCCCAAAGAAAAACACAUUAUAGUGGGCUCGGGUAAAGGUAAGCUGAAUCUCGUCGAUCUGAGAAAGUCGGGCACCUUGUUAAACACGUACAAAGGAUUUACUGGUGGUGUGACCGGAGUGGCUUGCAGCAAGACUAAUCCAUAUGUCGCCAGCGUCAGUCUCGAUAGAUAUUUACGGAUACACAAUGUUGAUACAAAAGAAGUUCUCAAAUGCAUUUAUUUAACAUCGAAAUUAUCGUGUUUAGUAAUGCGGUCGGAUGUAGAAAUAAAAUAUGAUGAUGGCACAGAAACUUAGGACAUAGUUAAUUAAAUAAAAAUUAGAUAACAUUUGUUAAUUUAAGAUAUUUAGAUAAAAAAUAUUUUAAAUAA